AUGAAUGUUGGCUGGUCAUCGGUGAAAGAGUACUUCACCUUUGCGUGGGCACUCACUCCUGAGGGGUACACUAAGGAAACUAAUGCCAACUGCUGUGUACAUUUCCAAGCCUCUUACCUGCCCUGCCCCAGUUCGGUGGAGUACCAGUUUGUCUAUGUGGAUCAGCGAGGCGAGGUGUUUGCCCGCAGUCGCCAGUUCACCGUCGCCAUUUCCAAGCCUCUGGAUGAGCUGGAGACAUUGACGGAGGAGCGGGACGAGGAUGAGGAGGGCGGAGAGGGGGACAGGGACGGCCUGCUCCUGGUUGUGCCCAGAGCUCAGCUCCUGCAGAAUAAAUUAGAGGAAAAACAAAAAGAAAUGGAGAAACUUCUUGAUAAAGAGUGGGUGCAGAAGUUGAACCGCGACAUGCAGCGUAAGGAGGAGUGGCUCCAAGAAAAGAGGAUUAAGAGGGAGAAAAAAGUGGAGCUUGGAAAAGAGAAGGAUUGUGCUGCCCGCAGGGAGGAGCAGGAAGUGAAGGCCAGCCUGAGAAUGAACCAGAUGGAGAGGGAGCAGCAGCAGCUGGAGAGACAGGAUGAGGAGGAGCACAAGACCAGUAAGGGUGAAGACCAACCACUGAUUCUGCCAGACCUCACCAACCCCAUCAUAAGGUGA